CUUUCUUUUCUUCUUUUUUUAAUCUGCAAAAAUCUGUUAACUCCUGGAAGAAGAAGGGAAAAAAAAUCCCCCCCUCCCAAAGCGGCGGAGAGACAAUUGGAGGAGGGAGAAAAGCGCUCCGCACUUCUGGUCUCAUGGACAGCGGGUCCAUUAUCACCCAGGUUAGCAAGGAAGAGGUGAACACCCCCCUGCAGGAGAAAGGUGCUCAAAACACAUCACCUUCCAAGAAGCCCAGGAACCGCAGCAUCUUCCAGUCCCUCUUUUGCUGCCUGUGCCAUGACAACUCAGAGCCUAUCCCAGUCAACAACAAUGCCCCACUGCUGGUGGAGGAAAACGGUUCGGUGACCAAGGCGACUGUCAAGUGCUUGCUUCCAGAAAUCAAGCCUCAGGAUGCCAAUAAAAUCUGUGUGGUCAUCGACCUGGAUGAGACGUUGGUACAUAGUUCCUUUAAGCCGGUGAACAAUGCAGACUUCAUUAUCCCAGUGGAGAUUGAUGGGGUCAUGCACCAGGUGUAUGUACUGAAGCGACCUCACGUGGAUGAGUUUCUAAGGCGGAUGGGUGAGCUCUUUGAGUGUGUGCUCUUCACUGCUAGUCUGGCAAAGUAUGCAGAUCCCGUGGCUGACCUGCUGGAUAAGUGGGGCGCCUUCCGCACCCGCCUCUUCCGCGAGUCAUGCGUCUUCCACCGUGGGAACUACGUCAAGGACCUCAGUCGCCUGGGCCGCGACCUGACGCGCAUCAUCAUUGUGGACAACUCUCCUGCGUCUUAUGUCUUCCACCCUGACAAUGCUGUGCCUGUGGCUUCGUGGUUUGACAACAUGGCUGACACGGAGCUUCUUGACCUCUUGCCCUUCUUUGAAAGACUCAGCAAAGUGGACGACGUCUAUACAGUGCUAAAGCAGCACCGGACUAGCAGCUAGUGACCGCAGGGGCUUUGGGCAGGGGAAGGAGGGGUGUAUGCCCACCUCGGCCGCGUCCUCCUGUCGAGCAGGACGGCCUGCUGCUCCCCUCAGCCUAGCCCCUGGCAGCCUCACCGAGCAGUGCAGAGCACAGAACGUCCUGCACGGGGCAGCAGAGAGCACUUGUUCCCAUGGGGCGCCAGGACAGAACCUGGUGCCUGGACGUGACCUUGAACCCUACAGGGGAAAUCUCCGCGACGUGUUUAAAUGGUUUGUUCCCCUUGCUUCACGGGCUGUGGAGAUGGGGCCUCAGCCUUUCUGCCCCCCCGCCCCCUCACACUGUGGGACCAAAACAGUGGUCCUUUCCACUCUAACCAAGGGGGAAACCAGAACCCUGCCUUAUUCCCUCAUCACCAGGUUGGGCUGCCCCACAAGGACCAGUCCCAGGUGCCCAGUUCAUCUUGUCACUGCCCUGUGUUCGCUCCCAGCUUCUUCACCAACGCUGCCCUAGAUUUCCUGGGUAGGGAUCAGGAGUGGUGCUGCCGCCCCUCCUGUAUCACCGGCCGACUGGGAGAAUCCGAGCAGAACGUAGCAAAGAGAAACUGGAGAAAGAGGCCUAAAAGGCCUAAUGGUCAGAACUCAAGUGGGGAUGGGGUGGGUGGGGAGAAUUGGCGUUGAAAGUAUCUGGAAUGAUACCAAAAGGGGACAAAACUUUUAGAAGGACGUAGCUGCAUCUGUAAAAGGAAUUGAGUGGUCUGCUCCUGACAUUUGAGGGCUGCGGCUUUCCUAAAUUGGAGAGCUUCCUUGGAAGUUAUCUCUCUUGGGAUAGAUCCUGGGUUGGAUAUAUUUCUCGUUCUUCGUUGAAAUUUUCCCCUUCGUGGGGAAAAUUGUCUCACAACUUCUCCUAAUUUGGAAAGGAGACAGACAGGGAAUCCCUGGUUUUACUCAGUUAUCUGUCUGAAUGGGUGGCAAGACAAAAGGGUGGCAGGAGAUGUUUCACCUCAGGAAGGAGAGGAUGUUCCUCCUCACCGAGAUUUGAGAUAAACACGAGCUCUGCUAGUCCUACCCAGUGGGGCCCUGAGCAGCGAGGUCAUCGUCGGUAGGACAGUCACACAUCCCCCCCACAACUCGAUUCCGGCCCUUCUCCUAACUGGAGGCACAGACCCAAACUGGUGUCAAGAUUGGUUGGAGCAGGGACAAACCGUUCCUGAUAUGACACCCAUCUAAGGGUGAUACUCAGAUGGGGCUUCUCGAGUUCUUGAGCGAGGUUCGCAUCAGUCUUGAAGUGGCCAAGAGGAAAGUUCACACAGCUGGUCGAUCGGUACUAAAGAGGGACAAUAUCAUCUCUAGAACAGCCACGUUUGUUCCAGUUUUUAAAAGACUGAAGCUGGUGAUACGGUCCUGCAGAACCCAAGUAUGACACACUCAAAUUGCCCUCCCCGUAGCUUCUCUGUGUUCCACAACAGCCCUGAGCUUUGCCUACUCCAGCCUUUGGCUUCUCCAUGGCUGGCCCUCCAGCUCUGUCCUAGCUCUGCCCUCCCUGUGAGUGUGGCCAGAAAUCUUGUGAAAAGAGGAUGGGCAGGGAAAGAAGGGGGAGGCCGGAUGCUCUUCCUUUGUCGCCGUGGGUUUUUUCUCUGUUUAUGCUGUAGUGCCUUCAGAUCCCACCAUCUCCUUUCCUGGAUUGGAUCCAGAGCCUCGGGGCUAUAGUUGAAAUUCUAUAUCCUUCCUGGACUUGUGGAAAAAAAUGUGCCUUUUAGAAGUGAUGGACCUGCAGGGACCAAUGGAAGCGAGAAAAGACUGUGAGAUAGUGCUGGUGGAUGGAGCCUAUUUCCACGGCUUUGAUAACGACCCAGCUGUGCUCAGUUCCCAAAAGUGCUUUUUGCUCAGGAGACCUUCCAUCCCAUUAACCAUGUUUCUUCCCACCCCAGCAUCUUUUGAAAGCUGAUUUGACCAGGAGUGAAGCUUGAGCCAGAGUGAAAUCAUCUUGGUCCUCUGCCCUAACCACUUUCUACAAGAUAUGGAUUUGCCUUGGGUUUUUCUCCAGUGCCAUCUUGAAUUUGCCUUAAAAUAUUUGGGGGGGUUCUUUGGGAGGGGGGAUUGGAUACAAGGAAGCCUUGUGCCUUUUACUCUUGUCCUUGGCUGUCCAUACAAGAAAGGACCUGAUGUUGCAGGUCUUUAGAGCCUUAGCCCAUUUCAGGGUGGAGUUGCUUAGGGAUGGGACAGGCCAUGGCUCUCAGUGGUGGCUCAUUUACUGGCCUGCUAAUACCACACAGAGCAAAGGACCACGUGGAACCUUGCUACCAGGGAGUAAUUGUGGUGCUCUUUGCUAUCCAGUAUGUUAUUACAAUUACAUCUUACUAAAUUACUGUUGUAAUGAAUCGAGAAUAGUUUAUGUACCUCUUUGCUACCAUACUGGACCUGACCAUGGAAGAUCCAGUGAGCACAACACUCUGUCUCUUGUUGGGAAUGAUGCAGGAUGCUUAGAAAACUUUUGAGCAUGGGGUUGUGUUCCCUGAUGCAGGGGUGGACAACCUGUGGUCCUCCAGAGGUUUUGGCCCAUACCUCCUAUCAGCUCUAACCAGCGAAUCUAAUGGUGAGGGAUGAUGGGAGUUGUGGGCCAAAAAAAAAUCUGUGGGCAACAAGCUGUCCACAGCUACUGCUGGAUCUAUCCUUCAGGAAUGUAUAAUGUCUUGGUUUUUAAAAUUCAGCAAAGCUGGUGUUAUCCUGCAGUGAUGAGAACUGCAGAUAACUCAUGCAGUGGAUGAAAACAAUCCUUUUUUAAAAAAUCUGAAAUAUUACUGUGUUUUUAAAGAUUUUGUUGUUUGAUGGAAAAAUAAAAACAGCAUUGCCCUAACACCCCCCUGCUGAAUCCCUCCCCAUUCAAAUGUCAAAUCUCCCAAAUUCAGAGAAGAAAGGCUGAAAGAAAGGAAAGACAUUGUUUUUAUUUUUGUUUAAUUAGUCUCACCUCUUUCCUGCACCCCUGCUGUUUGCACAUCUUUGGUAUUUAUCGCUAACACUACAUGGAAACUCCAUAAAUCCACAGUCACUCCUAAACAAGCUUGAGCAAUUUUGCAUAUUUGCAUAUGAAAUUGGCUGAUCUUGAACUAAUACAUAAAUCAAAGCUUAGGUAUCCACUGGUCUUUUCAGAUCUCCAAAUGUCACACAGCUCUCAUGAGUUUAAAAGUAACAAAAUGCACACUUAAUAUGUAUCUUAAUGCAAUUUUUGCUUUUAAAUUUUCAGAUGAAUGUAGAAAUAAAGCUGAAUUAAGGGUAAAAGCAUAAAAAAAGGACACAGAACAGAAAUAUAUCCCUGGUCACUCCACAAUACCUUUUAAUUCCGGCUAUUUCAAUGAAGAGCCUUGUGACCCCUACAAGAUUGACUUAACACAUUUACCUUUCUUGUGAGUGGGGAAUUAAAGCUGCAAUCCUGUGCUGCAGUAAGCUGCACUGAAUGCAUGAUUUCUCUCCUGCCCUCCCCUGAUCAAACAUCUUUUCAAGACAGCGUAAGCACCAAUGUCUAUCUACCCAGUCUUCUCCACUGAAGUAGCUAAGUUUUGCUCAGUUUGUACCAUGGGAAGUACAUCGUACCUGAUCCUCCCACUGCCACCAUCCUUUAUAUGGCGCUCUCAAAAGAAACUGUGGGUCCUGUGCCCAGGCGGUUCAGGAGUCCCCCAUUCUGGCAGUACUGAUUGCUUCCUGGGUGACCUGUGAGCCACUGCUGAUCCAUCAGCCCCUGCUGGCCAGAUUCCCCCCUUUCUGAGGUCCCUCCCAAUGGGAGUGGCCGCAUGCCAUAGCUCCACUCAGGGAGGUUUUAUUUUUUUACAGGAUGCAGAAGGAAUUCUAGCUGGGCACAUUCUAGAUGCUAUAAAUAUGUAUAAUGCGUGUGUGUGUGAGGGAAAACAGGGAGGGAGGGAGGGAGGGAGGGGAAGCCAUCUGAAGAUUUUUAUAGUUGUCUUUUUUAACAGUGUUCUUGGGAGAGGGUAAUUAUUUUUGUGUGGUUGGUGGGUUGUCGUUCUUUCUGGUAUAAAAGGAAGUGUGGUGGGAAGUGGUUUUUGCCCAUGAGUUGACAUCUUUUCUCAGAGAGUUCUCCGUUUCUCCGAAUGCUUGCUGCCCCCCCCCCCUUGCCCCCUUCUGCAACACAUCCGCUGGAACAGAGGAAGGAAGGUGGUCUUCCCCUCCCCUGCCAUGUUCCACACUCUUGGUGUUAAUAGCUGCCUCUGCGAAGGGUUAAGCUCCUCCAAGCUCUUGUCUCCAUCUCUAAUUUGUUUCCCCCAUCUGCAUAGUAGAAGGAAUGCCUAAAGCUGCUACCCCUAGGAAGAAAUUUCCCUUAUCGCCUUCCUUUCUCAUUGCAAACUUUCUCUGCUUCUGUCCUUGCUUCCUUCCACUACCCCCUUUUGUUCCAGGGGGUGGAAGUGGGAGCAGUGGAGACUGCCUUUCUACCCCAGAGUGAUACUUGCUGAACAGUUGCAAGCAAGCCUCCAAAAGCAUUUUUCCUCCAAGGGCGUUUGUCCCCCUUCUUUUCUCCCUCAAGUUGCCUUAUUCCACUUUUUUAUUUUUAAUGGGAGAGGAGAAAUAAAGGAUCAAUGCCAGCAUCCAAACAGGAAUUUUCUAAUACAGUAUUGAGAAAUCUCAGCACUUUAUUGGGAAAGUAAAAGCUGAUGCCCUCUCAGUGCCAAUUUGAAAGAACUUGGAAGAUUUCCAAACUAGUCAGUGCAACCAAGACUCCUUGCUCAAACUGUCCUCUUGUGUUUUCUGAGGUAGCACUAGAGGGGAUCACCAGGUUCUUCCCCUGAAAGCCUCUUUAUAAAAGUUACUAGUCCUUAAUGCUUCAGUUCCCCCAUGCAGCUGUGUACGGAGAAGGAGAUACUCCCCAAUAUUCAGGCUCUCAAUAUGUACUGUUCACCACAAAUUGAUCUUUUAACAAUGAACAAGAGAGUAAGGAAAUCACAGAUCAAAAGUGCCUUCUCGUGUGAUUCAAACUGUAAAAUAAUCUUUAAAAAAAUACAAACCCAUAAGAACA